AAAGAACUCGCUCAUAAAUGAAAGCUCCGUGGAUGGAAAUCGGCAUUGGAUCCGAAGAUCGAACCAUGGGUCCUUUAGUCAGAGUGCUUUUUGCUGUGUCCCUCACCGUGUUCAUUGCACAGGGUGCUGACAGUCGGAUUCAAUAUGGAGCAGAUGGAGAACCGGAAAAAACUGACAAAACUGAGGACGCAUCAACUGCGUUAACGACUGUUGCUGAGGAUAGUUUGUCGCAGAGUGUUAGCGCCACUGCUGCUCCUGAAGUAGAUCAUCCCUCAGAACUUCAAGUCAUCGAUGACACCACGAAAGAAAUCGUCACUGAAAUGGAGCAGCGUGUGUCGAAGGCUAAGGAAUACGUUCAGCAGGUUAAUCAGUGGAUCGGAUGGGCUUACAGUGUUGGGACAGUGAAAAAAGCCGUGAAGAGGAGUUUGAAAAUGGGAAGGAGAGACAUUGCCCAGGCCCGAUUCCAAGUGAGGAACAUCCUCUGCGAUCGCUACGAUAAUUUCAAGAUCAUCACUGACAGUUCAACACCAGCGGACCCCGAACUUGUCGAAGCUGUGAAAACUCUUGAAUCACCAGAGGCUCCUUUGAAUCCUGUCUUCACUGGACUGAAAGAACACAACAAACGUCUCCUCCGUCGCCAGAAGAGUCAAGAGCCACACACCCUGAACGAAUGGAAGGAAUACUUCACGAAAGUGAGCAAAGAAUCGAUGGACUCCUACACCGAGGAGAUGACUCAAAUCGAGAAGUCGGCACAGUCAUCCUUGAACACCCUGUACAACGCCCUGGUCAUCUGGCAAGACGCGAACAGGGAUUUGAAAGGCGGUCAAGAGAAACCUACCAACGUCGAAGAAAAAUUGGCUCUCAUUCGUCCGGCGAUGAAACUUGGGGAGCAACUCGGCUGCGCCCCAUCGCAACAAUCCCCAAUGCUCCAAGGACCAACAAGUCGAAGGAAUGCCUAACUUCCAGGGGUGCGGUUAUCUCUAGUACCUAUUUGCCUCUCGGUCAGAGCCUAUGUAUGUUCCGGUUUUUGUGAAUCUCAUUUUUUAGUGUGAAGUAAAACAUUGAACUAAAUGUAAUAAACAGUUUUUUAUUUUAUUUUUGUAAGUGUUUUAUGUAUUUUUGCGAACUCUACGUAUAGCUUGGCUUAAUGUGUGGUCAGGAUGAAUUCUCAAGUGGCAGAGGUUCUGUUAUCUCUUAAUGAUAUUUCCGGCAGGAGCCUUGUAUGUUCCAUUUUUUGUGUGAAUUUCAUCAUUUCGUGUGAAGUAAAAAACUAAACAAAAUA